AUGUUUGUCUGCAGGGGCUGCCUGCGCAGCCUUACCGGCGCCGGCGCCGCUGCUGCUCGAUUGCGGCCUCGUCUAGCCCCAAAUCCGCUACAACAAACUGUCGCGGGCUCGAUCGCAAGCCGGCGGUCCUACAUGGCCAGCUUAGACCCGAAGGGCUCCCCGAAUGACUUAUACGCCGAUGAUUUAGAAGACUUCCGGAUCGGCCGCCCUCCAAGAGCUGCGAGAAGACCCGCCCCGACGGACCGACGACCGGACAGAUACGACGGGGACGCAGAGUACGAGCAGGUCAGCCAGCAAGCCGGCGAGCUCGCGAGGGCAAAGUACGAGAAGAAGCUCCAAGCUUCUGCUAAGAAACAGCUCUCUCUCGUCUCGGAUCCGUACCAUGUCGCCCAGCACGUCAACCAGUUCCUGGACAAGAACAACUUCGACAUGGCCCUCACGAUAGCGCGCAUGGCGAGUCGCGACUACCAGACCGAGGUCAGCUGGAACCAUCUGAUCGACUACCAGAUGAAGAACGGCCGUCUGCACGCUGCUGUGGAUCUCUUCAACGAGAUGAAGAAGCGCGCCCAGGAACCCAACGUCAAGACGUACACCGUCCUCUUCCGCGGCUGCGCCAUGUCCACGCAUCCCAAGCUCGCCGUCUCCGAGGCGACGCGGAUCUACAACGCCAUGUUCACUCGCGGCUCGCUGAAGCCCAACACGAUCCACAUGAACGCCGUGCUCAACGUCUGCGCCCGCGCCAAGGACAUCGACAGCAUGUUCACCAUCCUCAACACGAGCGACCACGGCCUGCGCAUGCCGGAUGCCUACACGUACACCAUCAUCAUCAACGCCCUUCGCGUGGAAGCGGAGACCAUCUCCAAGAGCAAUUUAGGUUUGGUCGACGCCGAAGUCAAGCGGGAGGUCAAAAAGUGCAUCGAAAGAGCACGGCAUGUGUGGUACAACGCGGAGAAGGCGUGGAAGAGAGGCCAGAUGAUACUGGACGAGCAGGUGGUGUUUUCCAUGGCCCGGGUGCUCACCUUGGGCGACUACAAGGACAACGAGAGUGUGUUGGAACUGGUCGAGGAGACGAUGCAGAUUCCAAGAUUCGACCUUCACAACCCGACACUGCCGGCCCAGCCCAAGGUGCCAGGGGAAUCGGCCAGCUCGGCCGAGCCAGCCUCAGCGAGUGAAGGCGAGGGCCAGGUUCAGGGCCAGGCGGAUUGGUCGGACACAAAUAGUAGUAACUCCCCCGCUCCCGUUGUUGACCUCAAAAAGAUCUCCCCACGAGAGAAAAGAAUGAUGGCCGGCCAGCGCAACUCGGCCUUCCAAUUCGCCCAGCCCGGUAACCUGGCGCUGUCGGUCAUCCUGACGGCGCUCGGCAACCUACGCAAGACGGCCAGCGCGGUCAAGUACUACAACUUCUUCUCCGACGUGCUCAAGGUCCAGCCCGACCCGCACACCCAGAUCCUGUACCUCCGGACCUGCACGCUGGGCCAUGCGAGCGCCCAGGUCGCCGAUAUCAUCGUCAACAUGCCCACCAACAUCCUGCUCCCGACCACCUUCCGCCGCGGCUUCCAGGCCUGCAUCUACGACAACCUCAACAAGAACGCCUUCGCCAACGCCUGCCGCAUCUUCGACCACAUGACCCGCCAUCUACGCUACGCCGACGCCACAGCCAUGCGCCUGUUUCUCCAGGUCGCCCGCGGCAACACCCGGCACUUCUACGACACCGCCGAAGAGAACCCCGACAAGCGCGAGACACUCUCGGAACGGCCUGACCCUUCAGCCGUGCGCCCCUACGAAGACCCCAAUACCGUCCCGCCCGCGGCCCCCGCCCACCUCGACCAGCUAGUCGCCGCCCUCGAUCGCAUGUGGGAACCCUUCCGGAUCCUAACGGGCUCCGUGUCGUACCCCUCGCCCGCCCGCAAAUACGACGCCGAAGCCCGCAUCUUCGGCGGGGUACCGCAAUCCCACUCCCCCGAGGAAGAGAUGAGCCGCAAGCGCGGCGAGAUGCAAGAGAUCAUGGCCACCGCACGCCGCAUGAUCUCCGCCAUCGACCGCGUCACCAACGACAUCGACGCCACAGCUUCCCGCGCCAGCGCCCAACGGGCCGCCGAAGCAGCCGCCGCGCUCAACGCUGCCAACUCGAUGACACCCGCCCAGAUGCUCGCCGCAGCCCAAGCAGCAGCCGAAGCCUCCGCAGCCGCCAACGCGAACCAACCCCCAAAAGAUCCGCAAGCCGUCGCGGCCGAACAACGCCGGCUCGCCAAGGAACAACAGGAGCAGCACGCUACCAACCGCCGGCUGCUCAAGACCUGGCGUCUCCGCCGCAUCAUCCUCCAGCGCCUCCUCGAACGCUGGCUCAUGACUAUGCACCCAGACCGCGAACAACCCGAGCAAAAGCACGAGCGCAUCGAGCGCGUGGCCAAGAAACGCGCCGAGCGGGCCGCUGCCGAUGCCGCUGCUACCUCUGAAUCCGGCAUCCCCUCUCAAGAACAAAUCCCAGCAGAAGAAGAAGAAGGCGAAGGCGAAGACGAAAUCGACGCCGCCCUCGCAGAAUACGACCAACUCCGGCGCACGCACUCCCAACCGCACCUGCACCCCUACCGAGUCCCCGUCCCCCCCUCCAACCCCCCUCAACCCCCCACAGGCGACGGCCGUCUCGGCGAACCCCUCCCCAACCAACUCGACCAAAUCGACCGCAUCAUCGACAUCCGCGCGGCCAAAGCCCAAGCAGAAGGCCGGCCCCAACCCCGAAGCCCCUACGAAGAAGACUCCACACCCACGCCCAACACCGCAAGACCAACCCCAAAACAAAACACAGACCUCUCCUCCGCCCUCAAAAGAGCAGACCGCCAAAACAUCACAGUCCUCGAAGAAUUUACCCUGCCCUAUCAACGGCGGUACAACAAAAAGAUUGCCACGGGGACCUGGGGCCAGCGGCAGAAUAGACGGAAUCCUUCUUCUUCUUCUCGAUCUGGAUCUGGAUGGGGACGACGUGGGUAG